AUGUACUACGUUUCCGGAGACACCGUCACAGACCGGACAGUGAGCGUUCCUCUCUACGACAUCCCGCCGGAUUCGAAUGUCGUGGCAGGCGUUCCAAAUAUCGCGUAUUCGCCUGAGAGUGGGAGUUUUAUUAAAGACAUAACCAACGGUGCGGGAGCCAAUGCUCCAAGUGAGAACCUCAGCUUCUACUUCAGUGGGAAGUACAAUGCAGAUGGCACAGCCUUCUCUUAUUUCCUCCCACCAAAGGACUAUUCUCCAUGGCUCAUCAAGGUGGACACCAAGCUUCAAGGACAUGCGGACUGGUCGCGAGAGGACUUAACACUUAGUAACAUCACACUACGCUCCGAGGGUGCUCUUGUCUGGAUUCCUGCUUCGACUCAAGGACUGCUGAUUGCUAUUGGAGGUGUCGUCUAUCCUGCGGAUUUGAAUGGAUACCUCAAGACAGACAACACAACAGACAUCACGGUAGCUCAGAGCUUUUUGACUGAAUUUCCCGUUUACGAUAUUGGAUCCAGUACUUGGAGUAUUCAACCGAUUAACCCAGGAUCUGAAAUCCCCGAUGGCCCACUGGCGCAAUUCUGCACCGUUGUCGCUUCCAGCGCCGACUAUUCUCACCAUGAAAUCUUCGUCUAUGGAGGGUGGGACAGCAAUGGGGGCCCGGCAUCUGGCGAAGUGUGGAUUUUGAGCGUGCCCUCCUUUACGUGGAUCAGGGCAAACACUGAUGGAGCUGGAACACACAAAAGACAAGGUCAUGUCUGCGUAUCUCCAUACCCCGACCAAAUGAUGGUUAUUGGCGGAACCGGAGACUUUGGCGCCGGGCUGGACAGCAACAACAGUGUCGACGUCUUCAAUCUGAACGACCUGACCUGGACAGGUAAAUACGAUCCCGAAGUUCAUGAUGACUACAAACCCGCUGCGACUGUGGCCAGUGUCAUCUCUGCGACGCCGACUGCCAGCGGGAUGCCUUCUCUGGUUGCCGGCUGGUUCGACAAGGCAUAUAACAAGGACCUUAUCAGAACGUGGGCACCCUACAAUGCAACCUCUAGCACUUCAACGAAUACCCCUACUGCCACGCCCACCCAGAGUCCGUCAUCACACAAGGACAGGGGCUGGGUGGUUCCAGUUGCUGUCACGGUCCCCGUUGUGGUUGGCGUUGCUUUCUUUGCUGGUCUCAUCUUCUUCUGCUGCCGAAGGGCAAGAAGGGACCAACAAAAGCAAGAGGACUCUUAUGCGCACAACAGAAAGAGCGGUAUCUUGUCCUGGAUACGGUCGACGCCUUCAGCUGUGCCUGGCAAAGACAUUGGAACUGAGUCAUCGGUCACUGAGGUAGAACGUCCCCAUUCUCCAACACCCAUGAUCCAAACAGCUCCUCAUGAACUUCCGGCGGAGUAUUUUCUCAGCAAAGACCCGGGAAGUAACCCGGACCGCUGGUCGUCAUCCACGCCUGUGCGGUCACCAAGAGGUGAAUACGACGGCCCAGUCGAAGGCCCAAACACUGAGGUGCACGAGGUCCAUGGGUCUUCUCGAAUCACGCGUCCUGAUGACAUCAAUUAUGAUAUUCGUAAUAUGACCAUGUACCCGCCUAGUUUCGUCAGCGGUGGCCAGAACAGGCCUACGGGCACCUCUUCGGUCUCACAAUCCGGCGAUUCCAACUCUCCUGCAUCACCAAACACCACGUCAGUAGGCGUCGCAAGCGCUGGUUUCGCGCCCAUUCCCGAGGGAGAAAUGGCGCUGGGAAAUGAGCACAUCUCAGGCUUCGACAGGGCAAUCUCCCCCAUUGAUCGACGGGAGUCGAGGCCGACGCAUGAUCGCAAGGCCUCUGAUGUCAGUAGUGCUUCUUCGCUGCCGUCUCCGGACGUUGAGGAUCACUCCGCGCUCGCCAACGGACCAAGAGCCUCACGAAGCGUCUCCGGUGGCGAUGUCGACAUCGGCGAGGAAGGAAUUCGCACGAUAUAA